AUGGAACAUCUUGAGACCCAAGUGAGCGACCUGCGCUCGUUCCUGGUUCCGCAGUCAGCUGCCGCUCCAGGAUUGAGCCUGUCGACGCCAGCAGCCUAUUCUCCCAGUGGGCCUCUGUCGUCACUUUCCGCCCUCGGAGACAAUUCCGCACCGCAACCUGCCUCACCACUCCCACUCGAGUCGUCGCACAGAGGCGGCACCACGUCCGCCAACACGACCACCUCCCAUGCCAAAAGAAGGGCACAGCCAGAUGAUGAUGGUGAAGUGUCUGCCAAGCAGCAAAGGAGCAAGCGGAAUAGAUACACCUCGAUCGCCUGCAAUGAGUGCAAACGCCGCAAGAUCAAAUGCAACGGCCAGACGCCCUGUCACCGAUGUGGCAACCUCAACCUACAAUGUCUGUACGCGCCCAACUGCUGUCCCAACUUCAAGGACUCGGAUGAGUUCAGGGACAUGUCGGCCCAGGUGACUCGGCUGCAAGAACAGGUCGACAAUCUCUUCAGCGCCAUGAAUGCUCUUCGCCAGGAAACUUCAAGUCUGCGACUAGCCCCGAUUCACGAUCAUAUCCUGCCUCCGCCAGUAACUACAGGCAGUCCCUCACCCAUUCCCACCCUUCCUCCGCUGACCAGGCCUCGUCUUGGGUACCGUGUGCCAUCCUCAUUCCAUGGACCGACGAGCAUCGCCUUCACUGUCGAUGUAGCCAAGAGUACGCUCCACAGAAUGGGGUAUACCGACGUGGCUGAGGACAGUGUUUCUCAGCCUACAGAGCCAACACCGCAUCCAUCGCCGGCCCUAGCUCCCCUAGCAGCCCCUCCGCCAUCGGCAUCCUCCUCUCCACCCUCAGCUGUCCCUCGUGAUCCUAUCCUGGAAUUCGACGAAGCAGAAAUGCUGCGGUUAUGCGAGCUACAUGAGGAAGAAGUUGGGGCCAUGUACCCUGUGAUACCCAUCGAGACAGUCAAACAACAUGCCCAAUCGCUUGGCCCAUGGUUUGCAACUGUCAAACUACACUCCUCUGCCGCUCAGCAAAGUUUGCCGGACCUUAACGAUCAGAAAACAUUAGUCCUCAAGAUUGUCCUCUGCUGCGCCCUCGUGGUGGAGGAACACGGCAAUAGUGCGCGCGCCGCCCGCUUAUACGAGAGUAUACAGCCGAUCAUUGACCGAAUUCUCAUGAGUGAGCCGGCCGAUAUCGUCAAGUUACCGUUCUUAGCGCUGGUAGCCGGGUAUCGAUACUUGUCUAACGACGAGGUAUUGGCCUGGCGAGUGGUUGGGCAUGUAGGAAGGCUGUGUCUCGAGUUGGGUCUCCACCGAAGGGAAGGACUGCAAAAUAUCACCGAUCCAACGGUGAGAAGGAAUGCACUCCUGACCUUCUGGAGCGUCUAUGUUCUGGACCGGAGAUGGAGCUUCAGCACCGGGCUGCCGUUUGUGUAUCAUGAUGACAAGAUUGAUCCCGGGUUACCUAAGCCGGAUGACUACCCCUUUUUAGUAGCAAUGGUUGGGUACUCCAAGCUAGCGGCCAAGAUCUGGGGGUUGGUGGAUUGCUUUGAGCCAGCUGUUAUCCGAGGUUUGAAGGCUCAUAAUUUUGAGCCGCUGGAACAGGAAAUUUGGGAGUGGUAUGAGAGUGUGCCAGCUGAGAUCCAGACAGACCCAUCCGAUGGUGACAGGAUUGCUAUGCCUAGUGGUCCCACUGAUAAAGUUCAGCGGGUGAGAAUAUGGACGAGAUUGAGGCUGAAUCAGGUCCGCAUCUGGCUGUACACACCUGUGUUGCACAGCGCCACAAGCAUCGCCGAGAAUAUGCAACGGGCUGAGAAAGCAGUUGACCUUGCCAAACAAACAAUCCGGCUAUUGGCACACAUCAACCAAACCACGAGUCUCUAUCGUCGCUGCCAGGUCUUCUACCACCAGUUCUUGACCUCAUCUAUUGCCGUUUUAUUUCUCGCUUCCACCCAUGCCCCUGUCGAGUUCAGCUCGCAUUGCCGGGUAGAGUUCUACAUGGCUCUCGACCUCGUACGGGAAAUGUCCUCUAAAUCAUGGGUUUCCCACCGACUCUGGCGCACGAUACGGUCUCUCAAAGCCGUUGCACCUCGGCUCGGUCUCGAGGAAGACUUUGCUGCCUCGCCCUCGGCCACCAAGCCCUCCAACACUGGCUCUGCUGCUCAGUUACAUCGUCAUCAAAGCACGAGUGACUACAACCAAAGCAGGAGCCAUAGCAUCAGCCAAAGCAGCCCGCGGACUGCUGGCACAGUGCCCUCAGUCCGAGGGGUCGCUCAAAGCCAUAGUAGCAUGAGUCCGUUCAGUCCGCAGAUUAGGGUCAGCGAGAUGAGCCAUCACCCAAACUCAGCUGUUUCUACGCCUCAUCAACAGCAGAUGCACGUGGACGAACGGACUAAUGGUCUGAGAUUGCAAUCCGAAAUGUCGAGGAUCUACGAGGGCUAUGCAGGACUGGGUGUAAACGGGAGUGUGCCGACGACGGCAGGGGUGAGGAGUAUGAGCUUGGAAACCGGCGCAAUGUCUGCUGGUGAUUUGGGAUAUGGGAACAAUAUGCAUAUGGGUCAGGGACUCGGGCUUGUCCAGGGGGUCGUUGGACUGGGCGAUGAGAGCGUGUAUCAGCAUAUCAAGGACAUGUUUUAG